UAAGGGCUUGAGGAUCAGUUUUGUUCCGUUGUUGAUUUCACCUGGAGCUGUGGUGGCGCUGUGUCCGGAGGCAGCGGCGCCUCUCGCUGGACCGGCUCAAGACCAGCCGCCAUGCCGGCGGCUGCCGCCGUCCCCAGUGCCCCCGCCGAGUCGCCGGCUCGUCCCCCGGCCUACGUCGACUGUUACGUGUGCGGCCGUCAGUUCGGCUCGCGCUCUGUGGCCCUGCACGUGACGCGCUGCCUGGAGCGCUGGCGGGCCGCUAAUGCCACGCUGCCGGCGUCGGAGCGCUCAGCCGAGCCGCAGCCGCCGCCGGCCGCCGAGCCGUCUCUCAACUCGUCCUGGCCGCGCAGCAACGGCCGGCUGCGCGCUGCGCUCGAGGAGCAGCAGAGCCCGCGCGUCUCGCGGCCGCGCACUGCCACCCUGAAAAAGCCGCGAGUGCUCGACGCCGAGAAGAAGGCCGAGCUGGACAUGUCGACCACGCGCUGCAACGAACUGCUCCAGCUGGCGGCGGAGAACCGCGCGCGCCGGGAGCGGCCCGAGCGCGCCGCCUCCGAGGAGCGCGCCGGCCGGCCGCAAACCAUCAAACUCAGCCAGCCCUCCUCGCGCGACCUCAACGUGCCCAACAUCGACUACCGCUCGGCGGCCGUCAUAUCACCCGAUGGCCGCGCCAAGGCGACCAAGGCUACCUCCAAGCUCGGCAGGCGGCUACCCAACUUCACGCGCGCCCUCGAGGAGCUGUUUCACGCGCCGCGCGCCAAGGCCGGCGUGCCGCGGCCGUGCAUGUCGUGCGGCAAGCCGGAGAAUCCGGAGCGGUUUCACAGCCAUCCGGCCGAGCCGUCCGCCGAGCCGCCGCGCCGCGCCAAGCGGCCCUCCAAGAAGCGGAUGUCGAUCCAGCGUCCGGUGGCGAUCCGGUACCGGGCGGCCGGCGGCGGCGGCGGCGCGCCGCAGCCGCCCAUCGUCGACCCGGUGGCGCAGCGCAAACAGCAGCUGGAAGAGGAGCAGCGGCUCAAACAGCAGCGACUCAGGGAGGAGUACCUCAAGAAGGAGGAGAAGAGCAAGAAGGCGCGCGAGGACGCCAUGCGCAAGAAGCUGGCGUUCACGAUGGCGAAGCAGCAGCGCGUGACAAACGGGGCGGCGGCGCCGCCGCGGCCGGAGCCGUGCUACGUGUGCGGGAAGCCGUUCGGUGCCAACUCACUGCUUAUUCACCAGCCUCAGUGCCUGGAGAAGUGGCGCCGCGAGAACGACUCUCUGCCGGAGCCGGAGCGGCAGCCGGAGCCGCAGCCGGCGCCGGCCGGAGGUCAGAGGUCAGACGCCGACCCGCCGGCCGGAGGUCAGAGGUCAGGGGGUCAGCCGCCGCCGGCCGGAGGUCAGAGGUCAGAGGGUCAGCCGCCGCCGGCGCCGGAGGCCCAGCUCACCGACAGCCGGACAGAGGACCAACAACAGGCGGACCUGGUUCCCUGCCGGCGCUGCGGCCGUACGUUCUUCCCCGACCGUGUACAGCUGCAUGAGAAGAACUGUCAGCCCAAGGACGCAGACGCCGCGGCCCGGGAGGCGCCGGCGCAGGUGGCUCCUCCGUCCGUGUGCUACAUCUGUAAGGCGCGGUUUCCACCGGACCAGCUGGCCGCUCACGAGGUGGAGUGUGUCAGCCGGUGGCGCGCGCAGAACGCCGUCACCGGCCAACAGAUGGUGCCGCUGCCGGCUCUGGCGCUGCCACCGCAGCAGCAGCAGUCGGAACAGCAACCGGAACAGCAACAAGAACAGCAGCCAGAACAGCAACCAGAACAGCCGCCGCCGACAGAAGGAGCGACAACGGUGGCAAUGCCCAGUGGAGCUGCACCGACCGCGGCGGUGGCGGUGGCCCCCUCGGCGCCCGCUGCCGGCCCGGUCGAGCAGCUCGAGGGCCAGCUGGACGCUCUCAUCGACGCCGCCUGGCAGAGCCACCUCUCCGAGCUGGUGCCGUGCCCCAACUGCGCGCGCACCUUCUUCCCCGACCGGCUGGAGAAGCACACCAAAAACUGCAAGGUCGACCCCAAACAGAAGUGACCCCCGACCGGGUGGGCUCGGCUGAAUCGCCAACCGAGUGAUGCAAGUGAGAGGAUCUGACCAAGCGGCCUAGGACGGCUGCACGCGCACUGCACAGUUGCCGGAUAUCUUACGCUAUGGGCCAUUGCGGAGCUAUAUGGUGACUAUGUUGCCAAAAGAUGUCUGGUAAUGAUGUCGAAUUUGAGGAUGAAUUUGACAGCGCUUAUGCUACUUGCAUGGGCCGCUGAUUUAGUACUAAUUUCAAAUAGUUUUAGUUGGAUUGACGGUUUAUUUCAGCAAACCAUUUCUUUUACCUGACAAGCAGGCGAUCUUAUCAAUCUCUUUUUCGGUUGCUCCUUUAGUUUCUGCUUAUGCAAUAGGUACGAGGUUAAUGGUGCAAUUCAUGUCUGUAAACUUAUUGACUUUAAAUCAAGAAGGCGAUGCAAUCCAUUCAUGUUGCCAACAAACCAUGCCUUAUAUUAACACUGAAGUUAAUAACACUCCAGUGAUUUGUGUAGAAGUGUAGACGUCUACCUAGUUGGCAGCAUUGCUGAUAUCGUGGCGUUUUGCGAGAGAUGUGAUACCGCGAGGCAUGAUAGGUAAUACGGUGGUACCUGAAUCACUAAUUAGGUUUGCGGUGUCAGAACGUGGACGAUGUCCGGAUUUAUUUCUGUGUCGUUUCUGUCACAAGGUAAUCGUCGCAUAUAAUCAUGCAAUACACACGGGAACAUGGAACAUA